CAGGGCUCACCGCCAGCCUGCCGACUCCAUGUCGCGCCUAUCGAGCUUACCGCGGGUCUAUAUCGGGCGCCUCAGUCACAGGGCCCGAGAGAGAGAUGUGGAGCGUUUCUUCAAGGGCUUUGGGAAGAUCGUAGAGGUGGAUCUGAAGAACGGGUAUGGCUUUGUGGAGUUUGAAGACAUGCGUGAUGCUGAAGAUGCAGUUUAUGACAUGAAUGGAAGGGACCUAUGUGGUGAACGGGUCAUUGUGGAACAUGCACGGGCUCCAAGAAGAGAAGCACGCAGUGGCUAUGGAUACCGCAAAAGUGGCAAUGAGAAGUUUGGCCCACCAGUUCGAACAAUAUACCGACUGAGGGUAGAGAACCUUUCCACCCGAUGCAGUUGGCAGGACCUUAAGGAUUUCAUGCGCCAGGCUGGCGAAGUUACUUAUGCAGAUGCACAUCAGCGUCGUCCUAAUGAAGGAAUUAUUGAGUUCCGUUCAUAUUCGGACAUGAAGCGGGCGCUAGAUAAACUGGACGGUUCACAGGUUAACGGGAGGAGAAUACGUCUGGUGGAAGAUAGAGCUGGAUCCAGAUACUCUUCUUCACGUAGUCGGUCCAGGUCCCGCUCACGUAGGAGUAGUCCUUCUAGAUCAAGAUCUCGUUCACGCAGCAGGAGCAGAGGGCAUAGUAGGAGAAGCCGGAGUUACAGCAAAGACAGCAGGGACAGCAGGAGUAAAGAAAAAAAUGGAAGUAAGCAGAGGGAUCACAGCAGCAGUAAAGAGAGAAGUCCAGACUUGGAGCGCAGUGAAAGAGAUAGGAGCGAGAGCAGAGAGAGACGAGAUAGUGAUGGAAGUGCGAGAAAGGAUAGGGACAGAAGUGGCAGCAGACAUAGAAGAGAUAGGAGCAGAAGCAGGAGUAAGGACAGGAAAGAGAAGAAUAGCAGACGGAGCAAGGACAGGAGAGAUAGAAGUCAUAGUAGAGAGAGAAGUAGCAGCAAAGACCGAGAUGCCAGAAAAAGGAGGGAAUCCUGUAGCUCGGAAAGGAGCCGUAGCAAUGACAGUAGAAAGAAUGGUAGAUCAAGCCGUAGUCUUAGCAAAGAGAGAUCCCGGAAACGUAGCAGGGAGAGAAGUGACAGUGAAGAGGGCUCCAAGAAAAGCAAGAGAGAGGACCCAGUGGCAUUUACUACAGAAUCUGACCAGGAACAUGAAAUUGAGGAAGGUGAGAUUGACUACCCUAGGUCUGCCACAGCCAACGUUCCUGCUCCAUCAUCUCCUCCAUCAUCCCUUCCAUCAUCUCCCCCACCAUCUUCCCCACCUGCUGAACCUGUUGCCACACAGGAAAUAGAAGCAGAAGAGGAAGCAGAACCCUCAACAGUCGAUUCUCCUUCCAAACCGCAAUCUAUGUCACCCUCCACCACAGAGGCUUGACUUUCUUUU